CUGGCACACACACACACACACACACACACACACACACACCCUCACACACACUCUUAACUCACAGGGAGCGUGUGUGUUCAGCAGAGAGGGAGAACGGGCGAGAGACUCAGUGAAAACAGUCUGGUGUGUUUUAUUCUGCAGCAGUAGUACAGAGAGAACACACACACACACACACACACACACACAAACACACACAUACACACAAACACACACACAGACACACUCAGACAGGUGUCCCCCCCUCUGAUGAUGGAGGACUACACCCUCCCGUUCUGGAUCUACCUGCUUGUUGUGACGGUGCUGGUUGGCGGGGCUCUGAAGAAGAUGUUAGCGUCUCACCUGAGCGCCGCCCCCCCCUUGCUGGCCUGGCUGGGGGCCUCGGUGUUGGGGGGUGGUCUGUCGGCGCUGCCGGCGGCACUGCUGCUGCUGGUUCUCCUGGUUCUGCUGAUUCUGUUGUACUUCAGGGACCCCCUGCCCACAGACCUGCCCCCUCACGGGAAGGCCGUGCUCAUCACAGGAUGUGACUCUGGGUUCGGGAAGGCGGCAGCAAAGCGUCUGGACGCUCUGGGGUUCCAGGUGUUCGCCACGGUGCUGGACCUGUCCUCACCCGGAGCCCAGGAGCUUCAGAGGAGCUGCUCCCCCCGCCUCACCCUACUGAGGGUGGACAUCACCCAGCCCCCCCACAUCCAGCAGGCCCUGCUCGACACCAAGGCCAAGCUGGGGCUACAAGGUCUGUGGGGUUUGGUGAACAACGCCGGAGUGUGUGUGAACUUCGGAGACGCUGAGCUGUCGCUGAUGUCCAACUUCCGGGGCUGCAUGGAGGUUAACUUCUUCGGCACACUGAGCGUCACCAAGAGCUUCCUGCCGCUGCUGCGCCUCGCCAAGGGACGCAUCGUCAACAUCUCCAGCCCUGCCGGUGACCAGCCGUUCCCGUGCCUUGCAGCGUACGGAGCGUCUAAAGCGGCUCUGAACCUGCUCAGCACCACCCUAAGGCACGAGCUGCAGCCCUGGGGGGUCCAUGUGUCCACCGUGCUGCCCUCCUCCUUCAAGACAGGUCAGUCCAGUAACUCGGAGUACUGGGAGCAGCAGCACCAGCGCCUCCUGCAGGAUCUCCCCCCGGCGCUGCUGGAGGAUUACGGCGAGGAUUACGUGACGGAGACCAAGGACCUGUUCAAAUCUCACGCCGCCCAGGCCAACCCCGACCUCAGCCCCGUCACCGACACCAUCGUCCGGGCACUGCUGGCCCCCCAGCCGAGGCCCCGGUACUUUGCUGGACCAGGAGUGGGCCUCAUGUACUUCAUCAGCAGCUACCUGCCCGCCAGCCUCAGCAGCCGCUUCCUGCAGAAACUCUUCAUGAAGAAGACGCUGGUUCCUCUGGCUCUGAGGAAGGCGAGCGGCAUCCACCUGAUGAUCAGCAACAACAACAACAACAACGAGGAGGAGGAGGAGGAGAAGCUCAAGUAGAGACCCCCCCCCCCACAAAGAGAUCUUAGUGACUUCCUGUUUCAACUUCCUGUGCCUUCAUCACUCCGAUAUACAGCAGUGUCUUCAUCACACCAGCAGAGACAGGAACACUGAUUUAUGAUCUGGAGAGGAGGGGGAGACAGGGAGACAGGUAGCUUUAGCAGUUAGCAUGGUCAGGAGUUAAAUCAAUUAAUCAAUUCAAACUUAAUUUAGGAUUAAGUCAAGAUUCAGCUAGGUUUGAACAGGAUAAAUUCAGGAUUAACUCAAGACUCUCUCUGUUAUCUGAAACUCUCUUGGACUGACUGGAGCUGCUGGACUGACGGACAGGAAAGAGAAUCCUUUCAAAUUAAAAGUUACUCUUUAGAUAUGUCUCUCACACCAAAAUAAUCUAGUUCCUGUGACUUCCUGUUAACCUUCACAAUAAAAGCACAACUGUAGAGGACUUUGAAACACUGUCGAUGAGUUUAGGUUCAGCUGACGUCUUUGAUCUCGAAGUUUCUGAAGCAUCGUUUGAAACAUCAUCCAUAAAACAGAAAACGCUGCUACGUUUAAUCUCAACAUUUAUACUACCAUACCCAACAUUCCUCAGCGUUUCAAAAUAAGAUAUUCUAACGCUGACCCGGAGACCCCCCCCCCACCAGCACUGACUUUGUUGUUAUGAUUUAAUAUAUAAAAUAAAGAGUUAUUUUUCCAGCUGUAACUUUAUUUAUUGUGAGUCAUAAAUACACAGUGUUAGAAAUGCAUAUUUUGAGGUCUGUGGAAACCCUCCCCCCCCCCCCCCCGCUUCUCCUAUCAUCAUAUGGUCAUCAUCAUCAUCAUCAUCAUCAUCGUCAUCAUCAUCAUCAUCAUCAUUAUUAUUGUUGUUAUUAUUUUGUCUCCCGCCCUGUUUCCUGUUUUUAAAUCAAAUUAUUUAUGACGUCUUUUCUUUAUCUUCACUUUAAAUGUGAAUUUUUUUAUUAAAGCAUAAAAAGGCAAACAUGAUGUAAAAUGUUCACAUGGUUUAUUCUUUGAUAGAAAUAAAGUCAACUUUUCCAGA